AGUUUCCGCGCCUACUCAAUCAAUCAAUCUCAAGGUUAAGAACACCCCUGCACUGCUCUCAUAUCAACAUGACGUCUUCCCGCUCUCUCCAGGCCUCGGCCUUGACAUUUACCACCCUCGCCAUUGGACAUACGCUUGGGGGGAGACAAUGGACCGCUGAGCCAGUCUUCGGCACCAUUGCGGGCUCGAAACCAUGGGCCUGUGGUAUUGUUGGCUGGUACCAGGGAAGUGCCUUUUUCUUGGCGACAGGCCUCCUUCAUUAUCAGUGGUCCCAUAACCCCCGGGCCCUGCAAGAUCCAACUAACAAGGCCAUCGCCAUCAUCGUCAAUGCGCUGAUGUGGGCAAGCUCCGCUUGGUAUUUCCGCACGGGUAUCAAGGAGAAUGGCUGGGUGGUGGGAUUCGGCGCUGCGCUGCAGGCGUGGGCGGUGGUGAGGGCCUGGGCUAAGUAUUAGUGGGCUUCCGAUAUUCUCGGAGAUCCGAAUUACAUCCAUGGCACUUAUCAUAGUGUAGUUACUCAAACAUAUUAUUUUAAUAUAGUAUGUCAGCUCUAC